CGAGCGCUUUGGUGCCCUCGGGGCCCCACAGGCCGCGUCUGGCAUUAGUCACUUCGUGCCUAAUAGCGUAGAUUACAUUGGGGUAUGAUCGUCGAUCGGGCACGUAGUGCCGUGCGGACUAACAUGCAACCCUCAAAUUAAAAUGCGUCAUCGGGGCAUCGCCCUACUGGAGACGCUCGGAUCGCUUAAUCAAGCUGAUCGAGAGUGGGUUAACGGGCCCACAAGAAAUUAAACACUUAAUAAGAUGUUAGCUGAACUAACCAUCACCAGAGCUUCGCUCCACAUUAUUUAAUUCGGGACAUUUUAUCCCUAAUAAAUAAUAGGGAUAUAACAGGCAAUAGCAAUGAUGUUAUUCUAUCAAAGGCCAUUCCGGUAUGCUCCGCCCGCUAAUUAAAGCCGAUCAGGAGCGGGCCGACGGGCCCACAUCAACCAGUCAUUAAAUUCAAAUGACGGUGAAAACUAGUUAUCACUAGAGCAUCGCACGACAUUAUUUAAUUUCGGGAGAUUUUAUCCCCCAAUAAAUAAUUGUGAUAAAAAAUACUAGUAAUAAAAAAUACUAGCUGGCAUUUAAUUAGCAGUCAAGAUGUUUGAUACUUAGAGCAUCUCCAAUGGUAGAAUGUGCACGGUGCACAUGUGGCAUGAGAAAUAUCCACAUAAAUAUUAACAAAUAAAUUAUCUCUCUCUUUAUUUGAAUGAUUUUAUACAAUUUUGAUAUGUUUUUCCCUGCAAUGUCAACGACAAUGUCAAUAUCUAGACGGUCUCCUUGACAUUGUGGAGAAAAACUUACCAAAACUGUAUAAAAUCAUUCAAAUAAGGAGAGAAAGAAUUUAUUUACUAAUAUUUAUGUGGCUAUCUCUCAUGCUAUAUGUGCACCGUGCACAUUCUAACAUUGGAGAUGCUCUUAGCUUCGUGAGAGAUGCUCGGCCAGUUGGGAAGUUCCCAGAUCUCAUUUUGCUCCCUGUUGCAAUUUUGACUUAAUCAACAUUCUCCAAGCGAACUUGCCUUUCAUUACUUGGCUCAAACCUUGCGGACGUGGUUAGCCUACAACCAAGGAGUUGAGAUACGGAGUACAAAACAUCUUGUGGCCGGACAGAUAGAGCACCAGCUUAUCCACCAAGGACAGCCGUUCGCGUCGCCUGGUGGUGAUGGCGUGGUGGCGGUUGCAGCGGCGCGAGGACGGCGAUGGAGGCCGGUCUAGGUGGGGGUCCGGCGUUGCUUCAAGGCGUACCUUCCCUGAGCUCCAAAUCGCAUUUAAAGGCUAAAAUCAAGGAAUCACCAACCGGUAGACCCCUCUGCUCGCGUCAGCGGACCCAUGGCGGUUCGAGCGGCGUCUGGCCCGGUGGAGGAGAGACCAUCGGCUCGCUUCCGGCGACGAACGACGGUGUUGCGUCGACGUUGGAGAACCGAGCUUCAACCGAUGAACAGUGCUGCCGCGAUGGAGUUCCCCUAGAACCGAGAUGAUGAGACCAGGGAUGCUGCAGCGGUCUCCGUCUGGUGCGGCUGGAAUCACCGGAGGGUCCACCGCGGCGGGAAGGGUGACGACGGCUCCGGCGACCCCAGACCCAGAUCUGGAGAAAUCCAGACUUGACCUCCCAGAAUCUUUUCUGAAGCAUUUCUUCUUCUUUUUUCCUGAAAUCAGUCCAUUUCAUAUGAUUUUUUGUAGAAAAAACUCAAGAACGGUAGAACACACGAAUCUUUUUGGACAGAUUCCCACAGACGGUGCCAGUGUUGAGUUUAAUCCAACACGAUAUAGUAAAUAUAUGUAUGAACAUUCAGUUUUUACGUGGAAACCCGGAAAGGGAGAAAACCACGGGACUUUCUAGGCUAAUGUCCAAGCCCUCUCUUUCUCAUUAGGACUCUCCUCACCAUUACAUAGUACAUUUUGAGCUCCCAUUAAUGGAAUCUUGUAAGCUAUUCUAGAGGAA